AAGCAGAAGGAAAACAAGUUAUUGUUAAUACAUUUUCAAACAUCAAUACUGACAUAGAAGCUUGUCUGUCAAAUAAGAUCAGUUGUCAAGUAGAUAAACUUUCAACAUUUAAAUCUGAAACACAAUUUCAAAAUAGGAUCAAACAUUUUUGGCUGGAAUCUGAUAAACAAAUAUUCAUUCUUCAAUGUGAUAUAACAACUGUCAAUGUGGGAUGUAUUAAAUUAGCUAAAUUUAUUAUUGAACAAUUACAUGGAGAAUUCUUAAUUAAAAGACACAAUAGCAACAACAAAAUUCCAAUGAAACAUGCUUGUAUAAUUUUACACAUUCGCCAUGAGCAAGAAACACCUUUUAAUUUCAUGUGUGGAUGGGAGCAAAUUACUAUUGAAACAUUACAAGUCCAAGAUAAACCUUUAUCCAGCUUUUUGGAAAAAUCUAUGGCUGAUAUUAUCAAUACUAUAUAUCCAUUUGAAGAUAUCUUGAAACAAGAAUUAUUAUGGGUUCUAAUUACACAAAUUCCAAAUAAUAAAAAUCUGGUCACAUGUUUAAAGGACCGAACACAAAAAUGGUUGGAAACAAAUCCUGAACCAGAUUGGCAAAACAAAGUUGCAUCAGACAAAAAACUUUUAUACCCAUAUUCUUCAUUUUCAGGUGCAUUACAAGCAUAUUUACGUAUCAUUAUUCGGAAACCAAUUGCAAAACUUUUAUGUGCAAUUGAAAGGUUAUCAGCAACCAGUACCUUAUUUUUGAUUGAUGGAAUGCAAGAAAUAGAGCAAUCUCAAAAUCUACUUGAGUUCUGGAUAAAAUGUUUUAUGGAUCAAAAAAUUGUGAACAUUGAUGAAAUAUCAGAUCCUAAGCCAGAUGGAUAUAGUAUAUCUGUAAAUAAUUAUAAUCUUGAACUUCCAUUUUCAUUUUAUUUUGUGAAAAGAAUUGAAUCAUUUAAAGAGUUAUUUGAAGAAGAAAUAAAUCAGUACAAUGAUAAUGAGGGAAAUAUUGAUCCUAAGACUGGAGAACUUUACCAUCAUUUUUUUGAUGGUUACAUAAAAGGCUUUUCAAUUAUUGUUAAAAAUUCCAUACCAUCAUUCAAAAAAUCUUUAUUAAAUUUAUACCCACAUUUGUACUUCAAUGAUUUUGUUAAGAUAAUUUCUUCUGACGAUCCUGCUGGUUAUGAAAAUUUGGCAUCUUUACUUACAAAACUUAUAGGAGAAAAGCAAAUUUUGGAUCCAGUUUUUUUACAUGCAUAUUGGUGGAGGAAUGCAAAGAGUGUUUUAAAUGAAUAUCAAUCAAAAUUUCCAAAGGUUAAGAUAACAGAUUGUAAUAACUCUGAAUCUUUUGAGCAUUCACAAGUUAAGGAGAUGGUAAGGGUCAUGUUAUAUUAUAUUAGUGAAUUACAAAACUUGACACAUAAUAUUUUUGAACAAUGGCAACAUGAUGUUACAAAAGUUUUAUCACUUGGAAUGAAAGUUUUGAAAGGUCAACAAUUACUUUCUCAUCAAAUGCUAACUGAUUUUAUUAACAAGAUCUUUGAUGUUCUUUACCAAAUUGAACCAAUUGAUAAAUAUUCAAGUAUUAAUGAUGCUUAUAAAGAAAAAUUGACAUCAGAGCAAGAGAAUGAAAUUGCAUCUGUGGUUUGGGCAAAAAUACCAGCAGAUGCACUUAUCGUAGCAUUGAAAAGAUUUAUGUUAAGAUUUUUGUCUGCAGAGUCAAAAGAUUACUCAAAACAUCUAUUGAGUAUUUAUUUAAAAAAUGAGGAUUUAUAUUUCUGGCCAUUAGGAAUUGAUGAAGCAAUAAUUGGAUUGUUUCCAGAUACAUUAUUGGUUUCACAUACAUUUGCUACAUAUGAAUUCUGUGUGCAAAGAUCAAAUAUCAAAAAUAAACUGGACAAGAUAAUAAUCCAGCAAGAAAGGGCAAAACAGAUUUGA